AUGGCGAUCCAAUACCUCUUUGAAUUGCCACUUCCUAUCUUUAUGGUAGGGCUUGUUGGACUUUCUUGUGCCAUCUAUAUUGUACGUUUCAUUAGCGAUGCCAUUAUCAAUAUUUUCUUCAGCCCGCUGUCCGAAUUUCCGGGGCCCAAGUUGGCAGCUGCAACGACCUGGUGGUCUGCGUACCAGCAGGCUAUUCGCGGACGUUCCAUGCAUCACAUUUGCAUGAGCCUCCAUGAAAAAUACGGUGACAUUGUCAGAAUUGGCCCUAGCAGGCUUCAUUUUAACCACCCCUCUAUGUAUGAUGAGAUUUAUCGUCGUCGGUGGGAUAAAGAUCCCUUCAUGUAUGCCUUGUUGGGUGGAGAUGGUGCCACUGUGACAUUCGUCAAGUACGAGGACAACAAGCGCAGAAAGGACAUAUUGCAUACUUUCUUUGCGAAGAGCUCCGUGUACAAUGUCCAAUGGCUGAUCCAGGAAAAUAUUGAAAAGUUCUGUGGUCACCUUAGCAAGCACAAUGAACGCGGAGUGUCGUCUGAUAUGACACUGGGAUUUCGCUGUCUAGGCCUCGAGACCAUUACGGCGACGUGCUUUGGGAAAUCCGCCUCGUGCUUUGAGUAUGAAGGAUUUGCCAGUCCCAUUUUGGAGGCAAUGGAGUCCAUUGUGGCCUGGUUCAUGAUUUUCAAACAUUUUGGACUGUUUAGACGAAUUGUCUUGAGCAUCCCAGAGGGUGUUGGACUGGCCUUGUUUCCUAAAGCCCUUGCCUUUGCACAAAUGAGAAAGAUGUUCUCUGACCAGAUCGACGAGAUAAAUAUGGCUCUUGAUAAGCCAAAUCAGUAUCCCCAUCCCAUUGUCUACCGUGCCUUGAUGCGUCCGGAAAAGCAGGACACUCCCAUCCCAUCUCGGGCCAGUCUGCUUGAGGAGGCUGUUGCACUGGUCAUUGCAGGAACGGACACGACCGGCUCAACCCUCACUAUAGGUACCUAUCAGAUUCUGCGCAACCCGGAAAUCUACGCUAAGCUCAAGGCUGAGCUCUUGGAGGCGUGGCCGAAUCUCGAGCAGCGACCCAACGCGGGCGAUUUAGAAAAGCUUCCCUACUUGACUGCUGUUAUCAAGGAGGCACUUCGCAUGGCUCCCACGACGACUUCGGAAAAUUCGAGGGUGGUCCCAGCGCAAGGAGCGACAAUUGGAGGAAAACAUAUUCCUGGCGGGACAAUCGUGAGCAUGGGAGUUCUAUUCCCGAUGCAGCACGAAGAUGCCUUCACCGAUGCGCGCGUGUAUAAUCCUGACCGGUGGUUAAGCAACAACGCCAAGGCGCUCGAUAAGUAUUUUGUCCCUUUCUCCAAAGGGCCUCGAAGCUGCCUGGGAAUUAACCUGGCAUGGUGUGAACUGUAUCUCAGCUUCGCAAACCUCUUCCGUCGCUUCGACCUUACCAUUGACGGUACCGAGGACUCCGAUUUCGACUGGGUGGAUGUCGGACUGGCGUUGUUCGAGGGCCAUCUUCGAUGCUUCUGUACCCCGGUCAGCUCAUAA